UGCUAUUGGACUUGGCCCGUACAUGGAGAUACAUUAAAUAAUAUAUACAAAUAUAUAGGCUAAUAGUAAGAAAAUUAUUUGAUUUAAAACCUUUUUAUUUAAAAUAUGUAUGGAAUUAAAAUGAAACACGGCACCGUGUUAAUUAAUUUUUUUCUAACACAGUAUCAUACAUAUAAAAUACCUUUAAAUACAUUUGUAUACACAGUUCCAGACCUUUGGAUGCAUGUGCAUCCGGGCGACUUCUGGUAAUCCGGUAAGCAAAGAAUCAGAUUGCUUUUCACAGUGAAUUAUAGUGGAAGAGGAGGGAUUUUGAUAUGCCGACUCUGAGAUCGAGCUUGCCUUCGAGGCUACGGCAGCUCUUUUCUAACAAUAAUUCAAUCGGCCCCACUGUUAAACUUGACUCAGAAACGCCACCAAGAAUAAAAUCAUUUAUUGACAAGGUGAUACAAUGUCCGUUGCAUGACAUAGCAAUUCCUCUUUCUGGAUUUCGUUGGGAGUACGGAAAGGGGAACUUCAAUCACUGGAGACCGUUGUUUCUUCAUUUUGAAACAUACUUAAAGACAUAUGUGUCUUGUAGGAAUGACCUUCUCCUGUCUGAUGAUAUUUUUGGAGAUGUUAGUCCAUUUCCCAAACAAGCUAUUCUACAAAUUUUACGGGUGAUGCUGGUUAUUUUAGAAAAUUGCCAUAACAAGAGUUCAUUCAGUGGGUUGGAGCAUUUCAGGCUCUUACUGGCUUCUACUGACCCAGAAAUUCUCAUUGCAACUCUUGAGACUCUUUCAGCGUCAGUGAAAAUAAUUCCGUCCAAGCUUCACACAAGUGGGAAAUUGAUUGGUUGUGGGUCGGUGAAUAGCUGCCUCCUAUCACUUGCACAGGGUUGGGGAAGCAAGGAAGAAGGGUUGGGCUUGUAUUCUUAUGUUACAAUUACUGAAAGAACUCAAGAUGAAGGACUGUGCUUAUUUCCAUCUGAUGUGGAACAUGUUGACGACAACAAGCUAUAUCGUUUGGGCUCAACUGUUUAUUUUGAAUUGAAUGGUAAUGGUAGCAGCUCUCUGACUACUGGUGACAGUACUGAUGCUGUGUCUUCUGCCAUGAACGUAAUUCACAUCAGUGAUCUAUAUUUGCGGAAAGAAGAUGACCUCUCUCUAAUGAAGUCUUGCAUUGAGCAGUACAAUGUACCUACUGACCAGAGAUUCUCAUUGUUGACCAGAAUCAGAUAUGCACAUGCAUUAAGUUCAUCCAGAAUGUGCAAGCUUUACAGCAAGAUUUGCCUCCUUGCUUUCAUUGUGCUUAUCCAGGCUAAUGAUUCUUAUGAUGAACUUGCAUCAUUUUUUGCAAAUGAACCUGAGCACACAAAUGAAUUAAUCAGAAUUGUUCGAUCAGAAGAAACCAUCUCCGGAGCAAUUAGAACACUUGCAAUGAAUGCACUUGGAGCCCAGUUAGCUGCAUAUUCAUCAUCUCACGACCGAGCUCGAAUUUUGAGUGGAUCAAGCAUCAGUUUUGCUGGUGCUAAUCGUGUGAUCCUCUUAAAUGUUUUACAAAGAGCAAUUUUAUCGUUGAAAAGUUCCAAUGAUCCAUCCUCUGUGGCCUUUGUUGAAGCCGUCUUACAUUUCUAUCUGUUGCAUGUCAUAUCUUCCUCAAGCUCAGGAAAUGCCAUUCGAGGAUCUGGAAUGGUACCAACUAUCUUACCACUAGUGGAGGAUUCUGAUCCUGCUCAUUUGCACCUUGUUUGUCUGGCUGUUAAGACGUUACAAAAGCUCUUGGACUACAGCAAUGCUGCAGUGACCCUUUUUAAAGAUAUGGGUGGAAUUGAGCUGUUGGCUCAUAGGCUGCAAAUAGAAGUGCAAAAUGUGAUAGAUCUGGCUGGACGAGAUGAUAAGUCAAUGGAGGUGGGAGAAUCUUCUAGAAGUAAGGAUGAUGAAGUGCAUUCCCGCAAGAGACUCACCAGGGCUUUAUUAAAGGCACUUGGUUCUGCUACUUAUGCGCCUGCAAAUUCUGCAAGAUCUCAUAAUUCUAAUGAUGUCUCAUUGCCUAUCACACUGUCACUGAUUUUUGGCAAUGUUGAAAAGUUAGGAUGUGAAAUUUACUCUUCUGCAGUGACUGUCAUGAGUGAGAUAAUUCACAAGGAUCCCACAUGCUUUACUACAUUGCAUGAUCUGGGUCUUCCAAAUUCUUUUCUGUCUUCAGUUGUGGCCGGGGUACUGCCUUCCCCUAAAGCUCUUACUUGUGUUCCUAAUGGCCUUGGUGCAAUAUGCCUUAAUGCUAAGGGACUGGAGGCUGUUAAAGAAAUGUCAGUGAUGCGCUUCCUUGUUGACAUCUUUACUGAAAAAAAAUAUGUAAUUGCAAUGAAUGAAGGUAUUCAGCCAUUAACAAAUUCUGUAGAAGAACUGUUGCGCCAUGUAACCUCACUGAGAGGUAUAGGUGUGGAUCUGAUUAUUGAAACUAUUAAGAAGAUAUCAUCCUUUGAACAGUCUGAGCAAGCAGAGUCAUCUGUGAAGGUGAGUGGCGGAAGUGAAAUGGAAAUGGACGGAGAAAAGCUUCAGAGUGCUGGUCCUUGCUCUCUGAUUGAAGCAACAAGUUCACCAACUGAGGCUUUGGAUGAUGAACAUUUCAUCCAGUUGGCUAUCUUUCAUGUAAUGGUACUUGUUCACCGCACAAUGGAAAACUCUGAAACGUGUAGGCUGUUUGUUGAAAAAUCAGGAAUUGAAGCUUUGUUAAAACUCCUACUGUGGCCAAGUGUUGCACAAUCUUCAGAAGGCAUGUCUAUUGCAUUACAUAGCACCAUGGUUUUCAAGACCUUCACUCAGCAUCACUCUGCUGCUCUGGCGCGUGCUUGUUGUUCCUUCCUUAGAGAUCAUAUGAAAAAGGCUUUGAUGGGAUUAAGUGGUGCUUCUGGCUCCUUUCUGCUGGAUCCUAAAGUAAAUCAAGAUAGGACCACUUUUUCUUCACUUUUUCUUGUUGAGUUUCUUCUGUUUCUGGCUGCAUCUAAAGACAACCGUUGGGUUACUGCUUUGCUGAACGAAUUCGGAAACGGAAGCAAAGAUGUUUUAGAAGAUAUUGGGAAGGUACACCGAGAAAUUCUCUGGCAGAUUGCACUGCUUGAGGAUGCUAAGCUGGACGAAGAUGGUGUCCUGGAAAGUUCUGGUGAUGGUUCACCGAAUUCAGCAGUUGAAAGUGAAGAACUGAGGUCGAGCUCCUUCAGACAGCUUAUCGAUCCUUUGCUGAGGAGGAGGAUGACAGGGUGGAGUUUUGAGUCCCAGUUCUUUGAUAUCAUCUCUCUAUAUCGUGACCUCGCACGAUCUUCUGGUCUUCCGUCGCGCGAGAGCGUAGAAGAUACUUCAACCACACUGUUGGGUGCAAGUAAUCAUCUGCAACAGUCAAGUUCUGUUGAUGGUGCUGGAAGUAGUGUAAAGAAAGAUGAUGACAAGCAAAGAUCCUAUUACCAUUCAUGUUGUGAUAUGGUUAGAUCCUUAUCGAUUCAUAUCAUGCAUUUGUUUCAGGAAUUGGGUAAGGUAAUGUUGCUUCCCUCUCGGAGACGGGAUGACUUGUUGAAUGUUUCUGCUCCUUCAAAAUCGGUUGCUUCAAUCAUUGCUUCCAUUGCAUUGGAUCAUAUGAAUUAUGGUGGCAAUGCACAUACAUUUGGAGUUGAUGCCUGUGUGUCAACGAAAUGCCGGUACUUUGGAAAAGUGAUUGAAUUUAUUGAUGGGAUUAUUCUGGACAAGCCUGAUUCAUGCAAUCCUGUUGUGCUAAAUUGCCUAUAUGGACGUGGGGUAAUUCAUUCGGUAUUGACGACAUUUGAAGCUACUAAUCAGUUGCUUUUUGCUGUUAACAGAGGUCCGGCUUCUCCUAUGGAAACUGAUGAAAGUUGUUUGAGACAGGAUGGGGUUAAGGAAUCUGUUGAUAAGUUAUGGAUACAUGGUCCCUUGAGUAGUUAUGGCAAGCUGAUGGAUCACCUUGUGACCUCAUCUUUGAUUUUAUUUCCUUUCACAAAGCAUCUACUUACUCAACCUUUAAUAAGUGGGGGUAUUCAGUUUCCUCGAGAUGCUGAGACAUUUGUGAAAGUUCUUCAAUCCAUGGUGCUUAAGGCUGUAAUACCUGUAUGGACUCAUCCACAAUUUGCAGAAUGUAGUCCUGAUUUCAUUGCUACAAUUCUAAACAUCAUGAGACAUGUCUACACUGGAGUAGAAGUGAAAAACACCAACACUACUACCACUCGUUUGUCUGGUCCUCCCCCAAAUGAAGCAACUAUUUCAACAAUUGCAGAAAUGGGAUUCUCUAGGUCUCGAGCUGAAGAGGCCCUUAGGCAGGUUGGCUCAAAUAGUGUGGAGCUGGCAAUGGAGUGGUUGUUCUCACAUCCGGAAGAGAUUCAAGAAGAUGAUGAACUUGCUCGUGCCUUAGCGAUGUCUCUUGGGAACUCUGGAUCUGAUGUGAAGGAAGAUGUAGCACAUGAAAACAAUGAAACAAUUGAAGAAGAAUUUGUCCAACCUCCUCCAAUGGACGAUUUGUUGUCAACAUGUAAAAAACUUCUACACAUGAAGGACUCUUUGGCAUUUCCUGUUAGGGAUCUUCUUGUAAUCAUAUGCUCUCAGAAUGAUGGUGAAAAUAGGUCCAUUGUCAUUUCAUUUAUGAUUGAACAAGUGAAACUAUGCACCAACAUUUCUGACGCGGGGAAUAUAAACAUGCUGUCUAAUCUUUUUCAUGUCCUUGCUCUAAUUCUUAAUGAAGACCAGGCUACGAGAGAAGUAGCUGCCAAAAACGGUUUGGUUAAAGUUGCGUCUGAUAUUCUUUCCCAGUGGGUUUCAAGUCCUUUUGACAGGGAGAGAAUCCCCAAAUGGGUUACAACAGCUUUUAUUGCCAUUGAUCGACUUACCCAGGUGGAUCCGAAGUUGAAUUCUGAUAUGGUAGAGGUUUUAAAGAAGGAGGUUGUUUAUGAUACAUCUAUUUCAAUUGAGGAGGAUAAACAAACUAAGUUGCAUUCUUCUCUAGGAUUGUCUCCAAAAUAUCUUAAUCAGCAGGAGCAAAAACAGUUGAUUGAAAUUGCUUGUGCUUGUAUUAGGAAUCAGCUACCAUCUGAGAUGAUGCAUGCCACUCUGCAACUCUGUUCGACUCUCACAAGAAACCACUCCAUAGCUGUAAUUUUUCUAGAUGCUGGGGGUUUGGAUCAACUGCUUUCUCUUCCAACGAGUAGCAUGUUCAAUGGGUUUGAUAACAUAGCUGCUACCAUAAUGCGUCACAUUCUUGAAGAUCCUCAAACGCUUCAGCAAGCUAUGGAAGCUGAGAUACGACAUAGCAUUGUAACAGCUAGUAGUAGACAGCCAGCUGGAAGGCUUACACCCCGCACAUUUCUCUCAAGUUUAAGUUCUGUCAUUCAGCGUGAGCCUGUCAUUUUCAUGCAGGCUGCUCGGUCUGUUUGCGGAGUGGAGAUGGUUGCUGAUCGGCCAUAUGUUAUCUUACUUAAAGAUCGUGAGAAGGAUAAAAAAGAUAAAGAAAAGGAGAAGGAGAAAUCGGAGGAGAAGGAUAAGCUUCAAAAUAAUGACUUGAAGAUUGGUGCAACGACCGCGAGCCCUAGUUCUCAUGGGAAGGCUGUUGAUACAAGUUCUAAAAAUGUCAAACUUCAUCGAAAGCCACCUCAUAGUUUUGUAACUGUCAUUGAGCUACUUUUGGAUUCAGUUGUAGCAUUUGUUCCUUCUGUGAAAGAUGAAUCUAUUGUUAAAGAGGGCUCAUCUUCAUCAGAUAUGGACAUUGAUGUUUCUGCAGGCAAGGAUAAAGGAAAAGCGGUUGCAUCUAUAUCUGAUGGAAGCGACAUUGUCAACAAAGAGUCUUCAGCAUCCAUGGCAAAGAUGGUGUUCAUCUUGAAGCUCCUCACCGAGAUCCUGUUGAUGUACUCCCCUUCUGUUCAUAUUUUACUCCGGAAAGAUGCUGAAAUCAGCUGCAAGAGUGUCCAGCGUGGUUCUGGUGGUAUCUUUCACCAUGUUCUCCACAAGUUCCUUCCGUACUCUAAGAAUUCACGGAAGGAAAAGAAAAUUGACGUGGACUGGAGGCAGAAGCUAGCUGGCAGAGCAAGCCAGUUUUUGGUAGCAUCUUGUGUUCGUUCCUCAGAGGCGAGAAAGAGAAUCUUUACUGAUAUCAGUACUGUGUUCCAUGGAUUUGUUGAAUCGGCUAAGGGUUUCAGGGCACCCGGUGUUGAUUUUAUGGCUUUCAUUGACCUACUUAAUGAUAUUCUUGCUGCUCGCACACCUACAGGCUCCUCCAUCUCUGCAGAGGCUUCAGCUACUUUUGUAGAUGUUGGUCUAGUUCGGUCUUUGACUCGUGCUCUUCAUUUGUUAGAUCUUGAUCAUGCUGAUUCAGCCAAAGUUGCUACAGGGCUUGUAAAGGUGUUGGAAUUGGUUACAAAGGAACACAUCCAUGCCGCAGAGUCAACUGCUGCAAGGGUUGAUCAAACAGCAAAGACACAUGAGCAUAAUCAGCAUGAAAAUGAAAAUGGUGCUAGUGUGAUACAGGCCAUGGAGAGUGCUCUCCAAUCAAAUAUGGACUCUCUCCCCACAAAUCAUAUCGUUCCUUUUGGAACUGUACAAAAUUAUGGUGGAUCUGAGGCCGUGACUGAUGAUAUGGAACAUGAUCACGAUAUUGAUGGUGGGUUUGGUCUACAAAAUGAUGAUUACAUGAAUGAGAAUAACGAGGGCACGAGAACUCUGGACAGUGGCAUUGACACAGUAGGGAUAAGGUUCGAAAUUCAGCCUGAUGUACAAGACAAUCUUGGUGAAGAUGAAGAUGAUGAGGAUGAUGAUGAGGAGGAGAUGUCAGCAGAUGAAGGAGAUGAUGUAGAUGAAGAUGAUGGUGAGGAAGAACACAAUGAUCUCGAGGAAGAUGAAGUGCAUCACUUGCCCCAUAAUGACACUGAUCAAGAUCAUGAAAUUGACGAAGAAGAGUUUGAUGAGGAGGUGAUGGAAGAAGAUGAAGAAGAAGAUGAGGAUGAAGAUGAUGGUCUCAUACUUCGUUUUGGUGAUGGAAUGAAUGGUGUUAAUGUAUUGGACCACAUUGAAGUCUUAGGUAGAGACCCUAGUUUCCCUAAUGAAACUCUCCAAGUGUUGCCUGUUGAGAUUUUUGGUACUAGGCGUCCUGGGCGUACUACAUCAAUAUACAAUUUACUGGGAAGAAGCAGUGAUAACAAUACUUCUUCGGUGCAUCCACUCUUGAUGGAACCAUCGUCUUUGCCCCACAUGGGUCGUAUAAGACAACCAGAGAAUGCUCGCGAUCAUUUCUCUGACAGGAGCCAAGAGGGAACAUCUCUUCUAGACUCGUUCUUCCGGUCGCUGCGAAAUGGGCGCCAUAGUCAACGGUUGAACAUGUGGUCCAAUCAUAACCAACAUAGUGGUGGGCCUAAUGCGCUUUCUGUUCCACAGGGUCUUGAAGAUUUAGUUGUUAACCAUUUGAGACGGCCGGAACCAGAGAAGCCUUCUGACCAGGAAACUGUAGUUGAACCUCAGAAUAAGGAUGAUGUCACAAACUUUCUAGGAACAAUGGGGGCAAUGUCUGAACGCCCCGCAGGAACUAAUGAGAAUGAUGAAAACAGGCAUGUACCUCCUCCAUCUUCCGUGCCAAAUGGUUCUGAAACUGCUGAUUCAACGCCUGAGCCAAAUGCAUGCAUUCAGGGAACAGAUGCAUCAACCAGACAACCUCAUUCUAUUGAAAUGCAAUUUGAGCAGAAUGAGGUUGUGCGGGAUGCUGAGGCUGUCAGCCAGGAGAGUGGUGAAAGUGGUGCCACUCUGGGAGAGAGUCUCCGAAGUCUAGAUGUUGAAAUUGGAAGUGCUGAUGGCCAUGAUGAUGGUAGCGAUCGGCAUGUCAUGGCAGACAAUCGGACCAGACGACAAAGUGUUUCAUUUGGUAACACUGUGCAAGUUAGAGAUAGGGAUGCCCCACUCACUAGUGUAUCUGAGGUGUCAGAACCUACAAAUCAAGAAUCAGAGAGAAGUGGGCCAUCCGAGGAACAUCAACAGAAUAUUGACACUGAUGGUGUGUCUAUUGACCCUGCCUUUUUGGAGGCACUACCAGAAGAGCUGAGAGCUGAGGUUCUUUCAGCCCAACAGGGUCAAGUGGCUCAGCCUCAAAAUGCGGAACCACGGACGACUGAGGAUAUAGAUCCCGAGUUUCUUGCUGCACUUCCACCAGAUAUCAGGGAAGAAGUACUGGCUCAGCAACGAGCACAAAGACUGCAGCAAUCUCAUGAAUUGGAAGGACAACCUGUUGAGAUGGAUACUGUUUCCAUCAUUGCAACAUUCCCUUCUGAAUUACGAGAAGAGGUUCUUUUGACAUCUUCGGAUGCCAUACUUGCAAAUCUUACACCUGCUCUAGUUGCGGAAGCAAACUUGCUUCGAGAGAGAUUUGCACGAAGAUACAAUCGCUCUCUUUUUGGAGCGUACCCUAGGAGUCGUAGAGGUGAAUCAUCUAGACAUGGUGAAGGUCUUGAUAGAGCUGGUGGAGUUCGUAGGAUACUUGGAAGUAAGCCUGUGGAGGCAGAUGGAUCACCUUUAGUCGAUACAGAAGAUUUGAAGGCAUUGAUUCGCUUGCUUCGUAUCUUCCAGCCACUUUACAAAGGGCAUCUGCAGAAAGUAUUAUUGAAUCUGAGUGCACAUGCUGUGACCAGAACUGCUUUGAUAAAAAUCCUGAUGGGUUUGUUGUUGCUUGAUGUGAGGAAGCCUGCAAUUGGUCUGAAUACUUCUGAACCUUCUUAUAGGCUGUAUGGCUGCCAAAGUAAUGUGAUGUAUUCUCGUCCACAACAUUUGGAUGGUAUCCCACCUCUGGUCUCCCGACGUGUCUUGGAGACUCUUACAUACUUGGCACGGAAUCACUCCUUCGUUGCAAAGGCUCUACUGGAGUUUAGAGACACUCCGUCACUGCAAGAAGAGGACAAGAAUCUUGAUCAAAGACACGGAAAGGCUUUGAUGGUUGAUGAACAGCAGCAGCAUGAAACACAAGUAUCUGUUGCAUUAUUGUUGGGGCUGCUAAAUCACCCGCUAUAUCUAAGGAGUGUUGCACAUUUAGAGCAGCUUUUAAAUCUGUUGGAUGUCAUUGUUGAUAAUGCUGCUGAAGGCAAAUCAGAUGUUCUUGAUCAGCCUGCACCAACUACAGCUGACCAGCCCCCUGCUCAAAGUUCUUCCUCAGAUGCUGAAAUGAAUGAAGAAUCUCGUGUUAUUACAUCAGAAACUAGUGAAGAAUCCAAACCAUCAUCAUACACCAAAAGAGAAGGCGAUGCUCUUACUAUACUGCUCAAUCUCCCACGAGGAGAGCUCCAACUUCUGUGUUCCCUACUUGCACGAGAAGGCUUAUCGGACAAUGCAUAUACGUUGGUAGCAGAGGUACUUAAGAAGCUGGUUACCAUUGUCCCCGCACAUGGUCAUCUUUUUACUGCUGAACUUGCUGGCUCUAUUCACAUUCUUACUAAAUCUGCAAUGGAUGAAUUACGCAACUUUGCACAAGUAGAUAAAGCGCUAUUGAGUUCUAGCUCUAGUGAUGGUUCUGCAAUUCUCAGGGUUCUUCAAGCAUUAACCUCUCUUGUACCCUCACUUAGUGAAAAGGGGAAAGAUCAUCUGGCACCUGAGGCAGAACAUGCUUCUGCUGUUUCCCCAGUUUCUAAUAUCCACACGGACUUGGAGCCUUUAUGGAUUGAGCUCAGUACUUGCAUAGGCAAAAUAGAAACCUUCGCUGAUACAUCAGCUGAUAUGUCACGACCAUCAAUUGCUUCUACAUCCAAGACAUCCAGUGUCCUUCCUGCUGGAACUCAGAAUAUCUUACCGUACAUAGAAUCCUUUUUUGUGAUGUGUGAAAAGUUGCAACCUGGGCACUCAGUUUCAGGGGGUGAUUCUGCUAUACCUGCUGCAACUGAUGUUGAAGACUCCGUUGCUUCAGCUUCCCAUCAGAAAGCGGUAGGAUCUGUAAUCAAGUUUGAUGAAAAACAUGUUGCUUUUGUAAGGUUUGCUGAAAAGCAUAGGAAGCUUCUGAAUUCAUUCAUUCGCCAAAACCCUGGUUUGCUGGAGAAGUCUUUCUCAAUUAUGUUGAAGGUUCCCCGUUUCAUUGAUUUUGACAAUAAGAGGUCUCACUUUAGAUCUAAGAUCAAACAUCAGCAUGAUCAUCAUCAUAGUCCUCUGAGAAUUUCUGUGAGACGUGCAUAUAUUCUUGAAGAUUCAUAUAACCAGCUGCGCAUGAGGUCCACACAAGAACUGAAGGGGAGGUUGACAGUUCACUUUCAAGGAGAAGAGGGGAUUGAUGCUGGGGGACUUACCAGGGAAUGGUACCAGUUGCUUUCCAGGGUAAUUUUUGACAAAGGAGCCCUGUUAUUUACAACAGUUGGCAAUGAAUCAACCUUUCAGCCAAAUCCGAACUCUGUUUACCAAACUGAGCAUCUAUCCUACUUCAAAUUUGUAGGGAGAGUUGUUGGAAAGGCACUUUUUGAUGGCCAACUCCUCGAUGUUCACUUCACUAGGUCCUUCUACAAGCAUAUCCUUGGGUCUAAAGUGACGUAUCAUGAUAUUGAAGCCAUUGAUCCUGAUUACUUCAAGAAUCUAAAAUGGUUGCUUGAGAACGACAUAAGUGAUAUUUUGGACCUUACAUUUAGCAUUGAUGCUGAUGAAGAGAAGCUGAUACUUUAUGAACGCAAUGAAGUUACUGACUAUGAACUUAUCCCUGGUGGCCGUAACCGUAGAGUAACAGAGGAAAAUAAGCACCAAUAUGUUGACUUGGUUGCCGAACACCGCUUGACUACAGCCAUCCGUCCUCAGAUAACUGCAUUCAUGGAAGGGUUCUCUGAAUUGAUAGCGCGUGAUUUGGUCUCGAUCUUCAAUGACAAGGAAUUCGAACUACUUAUAAGUGGCCUGCCUGAUAUUGAUUUGGAUGACAUGAGAGCAAAUACGGAGUACUCUGGGUAUAGUGCAGCCUCCCAUGUUAUCCAGUGGUUUUGGGAGGUGGUCCAAAGUUUCAGCAAGGAGGACAAGGCACGGUUAUUACAGUUUGUGACCGGUACCUCUAAGGUCCCGCUUGAAGGUUUUAGUGCUCUGCAAGGCAUAUCAGGCUCCCAAAAGUUUCAGAUCCACAAAGCAUAUGGCAGUCCCAACCACUUGCCCUCUGCACAUACAUGUUUCAACCAGUUAGAUCUUCCGGAGUAUCCAUCUAAAGAGCAUCUAGAAGAGAGACUGCUGCUUGCUAUUCAUGAAGCAAAUGAAGGUUUUGGAUUUGGUUAAGGCAGAGGAGAGCUUGGGGAUGGUUGAGGAGCGUGUAGAUAUAAUUUCAUGCUACUUUGAUUUUACAGUAAGGAAAUAUUGCCGAAGGCCAUUUCUAGAUCUUUUGAUAUAUGCUGCUGUGCUUGUCUAUAUACGAGUGUACAGAUAUUAUUACAGUACAAUUUUAAGACAAGUGCUUUUGGGCAGUUUUCUGUUUU